AAAACAGUAUUGGGUAUAACGUGCAUUACUAAAUGCAGUGGAGCGUACAACCGGAAUAGUCUCACAAUACAGACACGACAAGCACGAGGCAAACUUUGUGUCUUCAAACCAAGCAUUUGCUCAUUAACACAGGGGCUUGCCGACUGACUGCAAGAGUUGUUCAAACUAAAUUUAGUAGGGCAAUAUAGUUUGAACUGUCGCCCCGACUAUUGCCCGCUGCGUAGGGCGAAUAUUGAUAUUCCCUCCUAUGCCCGCAUAAUAGCAUCUGUCUGAGUAGUUGAGUUGGGGCCAGAGAGGCCUCCCAAGUCUAUUGUGUUUCGACCGCCUAGAAACUUUGAAUAUUCAACAGGGACCCACGGUGUAAAAGAAUGCGUGGGCUUCUAUUGUUUGGUAGAGAACACUAUUCUAUAUUCCCUGCAAACCCGACUUUUUAGCAGCGAGAACACAGGGGCCAUCGGUGAUAAUAGCCAUUGGAUAGUACGCAUACACAGUGCAUAGUACAUGUGUGUGUGUGUGUCACAGAGUGAAAACGAGUGUGUAUGGCAGAGAUUGUGCGCUGGUUGUUGGCUGAGCCUAGCAGAUUGGUUUUAGUACAGCAGUGGCAUUCAAGCUGAACGGCCAAACACGGCGUUGAAUUAAGGCCCCUCGGCUCGGCCGCCAUCAUACAUUGACCAUCCUCUUUUUGAAGUCCUCGUGUCCAUCACCGCACCCACCAAACUCAAAUAGACAAGUGUUGUUAGUAACCCGAACUCAAAAUGAUAGAAGAGGCCCAUAUCGUCCACCAGGAGGCAUCGCUGCAGGUUCACCAAGAACCAGCAACGAUGCAAGUCCAAGGAGAACCACCUGCACUUCAGAUUCAAGGUGAAACGGUGAUGCACGUUCAUGUAGAAGGUGGUAGUCCUUCGUCAAAUGGGGAAGUGUCAAAGGCUAAGAGGAGACGAUUGUCAGCGAUAGACGCAGAGGGAGUUAACCAAUUAGGAGGAUGUUUUGCCAACGGACGCCCUCUACCAACGCAGAUUCGGCAACAGAUCGUAGAGUUAGCAAGGGAAGGUGUACGACCAUGUGACAUUUCCAGACAGCUCAAAGUUUCACAUGGCUGUGUUAGCAAAAUUCUUGUCAGAUUUUAUGAGACUGGAUCCAUCAAACCAGGGGUCAUCGGUGGUAGUAAACCAAAGGUUGCCACCAGAGAUGUUGUCAACAAGAUUGCAGACUACAAGCGUGACAACCCAACUAUCUUCGCUUGGGAGAUUCGUGACAGGUUACUCUCUGAGAACAUUUGUGCCAAGGAGACAGUACCAAGUGUCAGUUCUAUCAACAGAAUAUUGCGGAAUAAGAUCGUGAAUGGUUUUGUUAUGGAAGAAGCAACACUGACCAAAAAGAAACAAAGCCCUGCUGAACUCGAUCUUCCCGAAGAUGCCCUUCCAACUCAAAUCACCAUCCAGCGCCCUGCUGCACAGCAAAUCAUGGCGCACAACGCGCAGCAACCCACAACCAUCACUCCUGCGCAGUUUGCGCAGUACUACAACAGCCUUCAGCAGAGUCCGCAAACGGGAGGGUAUCCGAUCCACGUCCCGACGACGUCUCCACAAGCAGCAGCCACUGUGGCUCCAGGUGGGGCUACUGUCAGGCUUCCGCCAGCCUACACCAUAAAGGAACUCUUGGGUAAGCAGGUGGUGGUGGUACAGGCUCACGUCACCCCUCAGCCCAUUAAGAAGGAGAAAAAUGUAGGAGAAGAUGCACAGGCGUAUGUCCAGCAGAACGGUGUCAGCCCCCAAACCAGACCAACCAUGGCACAGCUCUCUCCUGCCAAAGGGGUAGAAGGGGUGCAGAUGGCUGAACCCAUUACCAAUGUCCGUACCGUCCAGGUGGCCGUCCCCGCUAGACCAGACCAGCUGAAUCCAGUCGGUACAGCAGUCACCAACCCGUCGCCGACGGCAAUCACCCCUGCCCAGAUGACUGCUUUUACAGGAGUUACCAUUAAGACAGAGCAGCCGGAAACUGAUGCCAACGGCAAUGCCCGUGCCAGCAGCCUGAAAGGCUACUAUGAGAGCUUCGCCAGGGAACUUGCCAUGAGUGCUGGGGCCAUCCCUUCUCAGGAGCAGAGAUUGGUGAUUCCAUUAUCCGAGUCGGCUGGGUUGCACACAUUGACACCCAUUCACAGUGAAACGAACGUAGGGGGCGCAUAUACGCGAGUCGUUGAAAGUCCAAAAGUGGAAGAAUUGAGAUUAGCAAGAGUUCGGCAAGUAGGAACCCCAGGCCUAGCCAUCGGCGGCCCAGGAGUAGCGGAUAAUACUACAUUCACAGAGCUCAAACCUGCCAGCGUUCUAGGUUAUCAAGAAGUUUAUGCAACUGCACAGCCCCCUGUUCAACAUACGAAUGGUACCACACUGACAACAGCUGCAGGUCAGACCACCGGGGUUACAACCGCCUCCUUAGCGAAUCUCUUGCCCAACACCACCACUACAGCUCCAUCGAAACCAGACUACGCUGCUCAAAUUCACCACCUACAACAAGCCAGUCUAGCCCUGGCCCAUCGGCAACAACAAGAGCAGCAACAGCUGCAAUUUCAACAACAACAACUGCAAAACGGUCACCCCUUUGACACAUCUUCCAUAAACAACAACGCGUGGCCACGACCGAGUUUGAUUUCUUCACACCCUGCAUGAUAUCAUUUUGUGUUUCACUGUUUUCCGUUUUGAGCUGUGUCCUCAUAAUACGUAUCACCCAUCGUUAAGUGGCUCUUCAGAAUGACAACGUGUUAUGCAUCCUAAAACACAUCUUACGUCUUACAGCGAAGAAGUUAUAUAUACAUUUUUAGUGUAACUAUGAUGUAAGUUAUAAUGUUACCUAUAAUUUGUUGUUUAUUUUAUUUUCUAACCGCAUUUGUAAAUGUCGUAUAUAGCAUCAAAGAUAGCUAUUUCGAUAUUGAUUUCAGGUAUAUUUUAUAGAUAUGAUUUAUUUUCAAUCUUUCUUUUUUUUUUGUAUAGUUUUGGUGCAGGUCCCUGCUGCUGUAUCGAAGAUAUUUGAUUAUUUUAGUGAUAUCUGUUUUAAAUUUAAUCAUACGAUUUACUCUUUGAAUGUACCAUAUUUUUAAUACAUUUCUCUUUUGCGACUUCUUUCCAUUCAUUGAAGAUGAUGAAAAAUGUUAAUGUAUUCACACUGCUUUUUAUUCAUUUCAGCAGUUUGUGGGCAAUUGGCAAGGAUCAAAGUGUUUAUUUAUAAAUAUUCAAAAUAUGUUACUUUUGGGUAUAUAAUAAUUAUGCAAGAAUGCCUUAAAAUGUCUCAAAGCGCUUGGUGAUCAGUGUAAUAUUAUGUUUAGUUUUCUCUACAAGUGCUUUCAUCACUAUGAGGUUUAAAGUAUAGUAUAAGAGAAAGUGUAUAUACUUUCAUUGGUCUUUCUUGUUUAACAAAAUAGUAGAGGCUUAUUAACAUUAUUGCCAUUGCUGCUUUUGAUAGAAUAUAUAAAUAGAAACAGAUACAGUACAUUAUAGAUUCAUUCGUCCUAGAUUUCUUUUUGUAUGUAUGGACUCACGCUAUGUUUUAAAUUUCAUAUUUUCCAGUUAUGGUGUAACAUUUAAGAAAAGAAAGUAAAAUGUAAGCCUUAUCUGAGGAAAGUUGGAUUUAGAUUGAGAUCGAGGAAAGAAAUAUCCUAAACAUGGAAUUAAAGCAUCUCUCGUUUUCGUUCACGUUAUUCCUACUACGGUGCUUCUUUAAAAAAAAUGCUUCAAAAAUGUCUUUCGAUAUUUCAUUCAUUUUCACAGUGUGUGGCUGAUUUUCUUUUUAUUUUGUUAGUAACUUCUCUUCCAAAAGUCAAAUGUUAUCGAGAAAAAAAUGUAUACAGUCUUUAAAAUAAAUGCAUGCGUCAUAAGUAGGCAUUAACGCUAUUGAAAAAGAAAAAAAAUCCUGUCCGAUUUUAUUCGGAAAUCAGUCCGUUGGGGGCCAUACUCCGUUCUGAGAACCACUUCGGGUCAGUUCUGGUCCUUUCUGUGUAACAUCGGACCUUUUUAUCGGUACUUUUUUAAAUACAGAACGGAGUGUGUGACUCCAACGAACCGAUUUCCGGGUUAAUAUGGCCCCGGAUUUUUAAGAAUGUAUCGCUGUAUAAGGCAAGUUGUGUUAACGUUCAGUACAUUUUCUUAUUUUUCCAAGGCAGCUUUGUAUCAUUAUAGUCUUUCAGUACUUGUGAGUCGUCACCUAUUCUUUCAUAAGAUACAUUCCACUUCCAAUAACUAUGUGAUGGCGGACCAAAAUAAUGGAAUGGUUUUUUUUCAAAUAAAUUGUUUGGAGAGACUAUAAGAAGAAAAUAUGAAUAUAUGCGUAUGAAUGAUAUAUCAUACAUUUAUGAAGAUUUUGCUUGCUUUCUUGUAUUCCUCGUUAUUAUGGGUACGAUAUCACCUUUGUUCGUUAAUAAUUUCUGGAAGUACCGAUGCAUGAAAUAGUAUUAAUAUGCAGUCCGUCAAACGUUCUUCCUUGUCAAAAAGUAUGCAAAUAUUUUGAUAGACUUUCUUUUCCAUCUGCUGUAAGAGAAGAAAUUUUGUAAAUUUGUCAACCGGCGGGAAGGUCAUUUAUCAUUUGGUGCUAGGGCUGUAUUAACCAAACUUCAGAUAAAAUGGCUGAACGGUUUUAUUUUAUACAUGUAUUUAAAAAAAAAACAUUUGAGCAUUUUUAGUAUCUGUGUUACAUACCCAUAUUUGGGGAAAAUGUGUUUUAGAAUAAAAUGUGAAAUCAUGCAUUGGAAAAUAAUAUUGAAUUCUAGCAUUUUUAUGUGGCAAUCGACCCUUAUGAAACGAAACGUAAAUCAUAUUGAGAUCGCAUUGAUUAGGGCCUAUAAUUAAAAAAGUGAACAUGUUUGAGUACUUGGCCUUAGGCCUUGUCAUUUAUUAUACCGGCAUUUAUGACAAGUUUACUAUACGUAUAUAGACAUAUACAGCUUUGGAUAUAAUUAUUAGACCACACCAUAUAGGGGGUCUUAGUAUAGUCUCAUAGUUAUUUCCCAAAUUGUAGAUGUGCAGGGGCGGUAAUACGGUGGACAGAUGGAGUAAGGGGAAGAGGCCGGGUUGAUUAUUAUGACCAAAAAGGAGGUCUGAACCGUGUAGCUCUAUAGUGCCCCUAUCAAGGACAAUUAUGUUUUAACCCCCCCCCCUAUGGCGCCGCCCCAAUUAUCUUGUAAAAAUGGUUCCUAACUUGCCAUCAAAACACCUUUUUUUAAUUAUAUGAAAGCAGGUUCUGGUGUUACCUUAAACUGUGUUGCUAAUACACUUUGUUUAGAACUAUAUAGUAACUUUGAAUUCUUUGAUUAUUAUGAUGUAGCAUAUCUAAACCUUAUUAUAUUAAAAUAUGUAGUUUAAGCUGACAAUAUUAGCAGGCAGGUGAUUUAGCUCGUUACGCACGCUCGCCUAGAUUUGAUGAGCAAUUAAUGUCAUGUGGCUGCUAAGUGGAUAAUUUUUUUAUUCAUUAAAAAAAUACGCAAUCCCUCUUUUUUUUUAAGGUGUGGAAAUUCUGCUUUAUGCUUUAUGUUCUGCUUAUAUGUAUAUAAGGGUUUUGGUAUAGACGCUACUAUAGUUCAUCAUUGUUUUAGGAUUAUCACUCGGAUUUGUAUUUAUAAAGUUUAAGAUGAAUAUGUAUUACUUCUACCUCGUGUAACUUUUUUUUCCACAUGUGAGCCUUCAUUUAUUUAGAAUGUUAAGGAUUUAUACACACAUUUACAAUCCUUAAUUUGUGUGAAGGAGAGAUACUUAGAAAUUUAAAGGUAUUCAUAAUAUAAACGAGCAUAAGUUUAGAGACAAAGACAAAAGUUUCAUGAUAACGGGUAAUAAUAAUUUACAUCCAUCUAUGGCCCCAUUGUUUUCCUAUUUUGUCUCUGUCUAGGUCCAGUGUAUCUUAAUCUCAACCACACUACCCACUCCAUAUCUCAUUUCUCCGCCCUAUCUCAUUUCUCCGCCCUAUCUCCCAUUUCCUUCAUCUCCUCUCCCCUAAACACCCCCCCCCAAAAAAAAAGAGCACCCCUCCAUCUUCUAUUAUUUUUCUCUAAUUUACCGCUGAGUCAGAUUAUAACCAAUUAUUGUAUACAUGUACAGAUCAUAAAUUUGUUUAUUAUUCCAAAUGCUCCUUUCAUUGCAUAUUUUUGUUUUUGUCUUUAUUCUGCAAGCUUUUUGGAAUAUAUAUUUUUUUUCAAUAUUGAAAAUACAUGGAUUAGGAAUAACAUUAUCAUGCCAUGUCUGUGAGUUUACGAACCCAAGCGAUUCAAAUUCAUUUUUACUCUUAAAAAAAUUGAUUUUAUGUAUACAAGCUGACACUCAUUUAUUUCAUCAAGAUGUAAUGACUAAUAUCGAUACGAGAUGAACGAAACAUCAUUAUAAUCAUAAAUUUAUAAUUUAUUUUGAUUGUAUUUGUGUAUCUAAUAUUGGAUCACUCUAGUUGCAUUUGAGAUUGACUUCUGAUCUAAGAAAUCGAAGUUUAAGACCACACGUAAUCACUGUCAUCUUGAAUUUAUAUU